UUGCAGGGAGUGCUCCGUGGGUAGCGUCGUUUCCGUUGCCGGCUGUUUGCAGUUGGGGAAACCGAGGCAGCUCCAGCUUCCCCCCUAGUUCUUCCGCUCCUGUGAGGAUUUUAAAAAAAAUGUUUAUUUCUUUGUGGGAGUUCUUCUAUGGGCACUUUUUUCGCUUUUGGAUGAAAUGGCUCUUACGACAGAUGACUGGAAAAUGUGAAUUGCAACGAAUUUUUGAUACCUAUGUAGGUGCACAAAGGACACACAGGAUAGAAAAUUCCUUGACAUACUCCAAGAAUAAGGUUUUGCAGAAAGCGACUCUUGUUGUCCAGAGUGAAGUGGACAAAUGUGUAGAGGAUAUAAUGAAGGAAAAGAAUAUUAACCCUGAGAAGGAUACCAGUUUUAAAAUCUGUAUGAAGGCAUGCUUACUGCAGAUAUCGGGUUAUAAACAGCUCUAUUUGGAUGUAGAAAGUGUGAGGAAAAGGCCGUAUGACUCUGAUAACCUCCAACAUGAAAAGCUGCUUCUCAAGCUUUGGAAUCUACUAAUGCCCACAAAAAAGUUGAAGGCUAGAAUCUCCAAGCAGUGGGCUGACAUUGGUUUCCAGGGUGAUGAUCCCAAAACAGACUUCAGAGGCAUGGGGAUACUUGGAUUAAUCAACCUUGUGUAUUUCAGUGAAAAUUAUACCAGUGAAGCUCACCAGAUUCUUUCCCGUUCAAAUCAUCCAAAAUUAGGGUACUCUUACGCAAUAGUUGGAAUCAACCUUACCGAGAUGGCUUAUAGCUUGCUGAAGAGUGAAGCUUUGAAGUUUCAUCUCUACAACUUUGUUCCUGGUAUACCGACGAUGGAACACUUUCAUCAGUUUUAUUGUUACCUUGUCUAUGAAUUUGACAAGUUUUGGUUUGAAGAAAAGCCAGAAAGCAUUAUGUAUUUCAACAUGUAUAGAGAGAAGUUUCAUGAAAAGAUUAAAGGACUCUUACUGGAUUGUAAUGUAUCACUAACUUUAAAGAUAUGAUUCCUCCAUAUUAUCUUCUAUUUCUACCACAUUUUGCACACACAACAGAAUUUAUAUGUUGUAAUAGAAAUUAUCUGAUCAAUUACACUCAUUAUAUAUAAUUUCCUACUAAAAUAUUUCAGAAAUUCUAUUUAAGAAAGCUAGUGGACAAUCAGUGUAUGUUUACAGUCAUUUAUACACUGUCCUCCAAAGGUACCUUAUCCUUCCAAAGAUCCCUACUGUAGAGGCCUGCAAACUACAGUUUGGAACUUGGGACUUAGCCCAUUUAGUGUAAAAGUAUAAAUCAGGUAUUUGUAUUAAAUUGGUUGAUUAAAAUGUGUAAAAACCAGUGUUCAUUUUUAUGUAUUGUUAACUAUCAAGUCCAUCUCUUUUCAGAGCUCUUUUCAGAUUUUUCGUGUCUUAGUUUGGGAACAAUUGUUUUUUAUUUCCUUUGUCUUGUUUUCUCCCUAGGUUAAUUAACAGGAAGAGUAGCUCUUCAAGGCUUUCUUUCUUUCUUUGAAGCAUCUCAAUCACAUUCCUAAUGUUGCUUCAUUAGUAGCAGAAAGCAGAGCUAUGUCAGACAAGAUCAAGAAACAGGGCCUCUUUUUGGUUCCUUUCAUUAGCAUAAUUGCUAAUGAGAGAAUGAUAGUAUUGGUGACUAGCUUUUUUGUUUUUAAAUACCAUACUUGAAAAUAUCACAGUGGUAUUUUAAAGCUUAAAGGCAUUUUCUCAUCUUCAGUAUUUGCUUUUCAGUCUGUUAUAGGAAAGAACUAUAGUUAGUGCUCACUGUGAGGGUCUUUUAUGAGGCUUCUCUGGCUGUGAGUGUUUAUGAAAAGAGAUGUAUUUGCUAAGAAAAUCUUGACUGUAUUCAGAGGACAGUGGCUUACUUUCCAUAAAGCUGUCUUUGAACCGAAACAAAAGGAAAACCUAAAGCUUCUUAAAAAUAUCCGUGAAACAUGGUUGGUUUAUUUUACUCACUGUUAACUGUUCCUUCUUUUUGCUUUGCCUGCAUAGUGUUUCUGGAUAAUGGCGUACGGACUUUAUGGGUGUUCUUUGAGUUGAUGGUCUGUGGGAUUCUAAAGUAGCCUGAGGAUGAUGACUGUGCAUUUCGUAUAGCUUUAUUCUCCUCAAAUCUCAGGAGGGCAUCAAGUGCUGUCAAGGAUUAUAUAGUGAGGAAAUUCUAACGGGAAUAAUUUCUUCCUUGUGUGUUUUAGAAAUCUGUACUCCUAGCAAAACUAAGAGUUUAAAGAUAAGUUUGUCUGAUUACUAAGUUCUCAAAUCCUACAGAAAGCAGCCUGUUAGAGACAUCAUUUAAACAUGAUGAGAGUUGGUGGAUCUCUUAAUGUGAAUAUCAAGUGUUUCAGGACUGACGCCUGUGGUAUAGCAAGACCUGAGACUUGCAGUAUUUGUUCCUGUCUGUUGACAGUCCUCUCUGUAAACUUGCCAGAGAGAAAAGCGAUGAAAAAUACCUGAGCGGGAAAUAACAGAUGCGGUUUUGUAUGGCACAUACAUUGAGAGCACAGCGUUAAAACUAUUAUUCUCAAAAAAAAAAAACAAAAAAAAAAACCAAACCUCCCCCCCCAAAAAACCUAUUAUUUUCUCAACAGGAUAAAACUUUUAAAAAUUGGAUUCAUUUUAUUAUAGUCAUGGUGGUCUAGCAUCUCAGUAUCACAGGGAUUUAAAGAUUGGCUUCUUGUAGGAGACUUCUCAACCUUGGGAUUAUCUUUCUUUUAUUUUGUUAUUUUUAUUAUAACAAAUAAUAAUUUGUUAUAUUAUUGUUAUAAUUGUGCUUUAUUAUCCAGGUCUAGAGUUCUAGGAGAUGUAGGAAAAUCCUGGUAAAGGUCAGGUGCUAACCAUUAAAGUUUUAAGUGUUUACUCUUACAUGGAAAGCAAUUCUGUUUAAUUUCCAAGCUGAAAAUACUUACCUUAAUAUUUUGAUCUUUCAAUAGCUGAGGUCUUGAACUGAUUUAAACCUUUGUCAAUACGCUUAAUAAAGAAUGAUCCAACUGUGGAAGGGGAAACUUUUUAAGCAAGUUUUUCCCCUUCAAGUAUUUCCCUAUUCAAGGAAAUAGCUUGAAUGUUUUAAAAAGAAUGUCAUCAGAAAAUUUGGUCAAUAAUAUGUUCUUUAAGUCAUCUCUAUUUGUACAAUAUAGAUAUUGUCCUGUUUUUGCUUAAAAUAAUCAGUAACCAUUUCAGAAAUUCUGUAGUGAAUUGGUCUAAAAGCUACCAAUAAAUUGUAACGUUUGAUAGUCUGGAAGCCAAGCUAAGUGUCACCACUUGUAAAUUAGAAUGUAAUAUAGUGACAUACAUGAAAAGAAAAAACAUAAUUGUGUCUACCUUCCUACUUUUCCUUGCUUUCGACCUAUGUAUGUUAGAAUUUUAUGUAGUCUUAAAAAUCCAUAUUUAGAAUCCUGCCUGUUUCUAUAAUAAUGAAUGAAAUAUCAAAGUAGUGAUAGAAUUGAAGUAGCAGGAAAAUUAUGUUUGCUUUAGCAUCAGAAAAGUGAAUCAAUGUGGAAAUGAAUUUUUGUAUGUGCCAGAUCAAAGAGAGUGUGCCAGUGACAAGAAUAGUGUAAACACAGUUAUACUGGUUGUAGUUCAAGUAUGUUCUGAAAGACAAUCUUUAAGGAAAUAGGAGAAAUCAGGGGAUAUCAAUAUAUCAGUGAACCUAGACCCGCCUCUCUUUGUAUAUACUUAUGGUGGUAGAGUUAGAUAUAAAAUCAUUGUCUUACUGGCACCAGUUAGAAAACAAAAUCUUUUUCUUGAAAACGCCCAUCCUGUAUUUUUUUUUCCUCUCUUAACAACUGUUUGGAUUUGUAUGUAUUUUUCUAUCUGAAAUUUAUGUGUAGUCUUCAUUUUUAUUCCAGCAUUAAUAAUUGUUUAUAUUACUGUUUCUCCCCUUAGCAUUCAGUGAAAUUGAACUUGAUCAAAGAUUGCUCAAAGGAGCAGCAUUACACGAGUGAAAAGUGGAAUGCUCAUUGCCAGAGCAGGAAAUAUUACACACUAUCAUGGCACAGAAGAAAAGAGGUUUGGCUUGGAGAGCAAUAAUGGUUAUUAUCUUCCUUGAAGUAAUGAUUGGGGGCCAGCAGCUAUUUUCUCAGGAUAAAUGGUCCACUCAACUUCUCUAUGAAUAAGUCUGGGGAGGCUUACUUUCCAUUUUCACAUUUAGGAACUUCUCCACACAGGCAGAUUGUUAACGAAGAUUAAUGGACUUUAAACAUCUGAGAGAAAUCAUGACUGAGCUUGUUUUGCUUUGUUUUGUUUUCUGGCUUCAGCUUUUGACAAGAAAAAAAUUAAAUGUACUUCAGCUAAGACCCAACUAUUAUAGGGGAAUUCUUUUUUUUUUUUCCCAAUUAUAGGGCAGUUCUGUGUUUCUGUUAAUGUAUUUAAAAAAUGAGCAGCAGCUUUCCCUGGGGGGAAAAGUGCGGGUUGGCAAGUUAAAGAAAUAGAUUUUUGUCUACUUUGGAUAAAACAAUUAACUUCUUAUGUAAAAGCAAUAGUUGAAAUGUGAUGUUAUUUUGUUCGGAAUGUUGUGAACAAAUUAAAACAAAAGUGUCAAAAUUGU